AAGACAACCUUAUGUUAUGUAAAUGAAUAAUGUUAGAAUAAUCACAACUACGAACUACAUAUUACAGAGGCUUCGCUAAGCAAAGACGACAGAGCAAACCUUAAGUAAAACCAGCUCCACAAACAUAUAUAUCUCCACAUCCUCUUCUUCCAGUUCUAAACACUGCCGUUCAGUAUGGGGAGUAGCGUUCCCGUCAAGGACGCCGUUUUGGUCCUUCCCUCUGAGCCCACUCCUUCUAAGAUCCUCCCUCUCUCGGCCCUCGAUUCGCAGCUCUUCCUUGGCUUCACCAUCGAGUACCUCCUCCUCUACAAGCCUCGCCCCGGGUUGGAUCGCGGUCAAGUGACGGCCCGCCUGAAGGGCGCCCUCGCCAAAGCCUUGGUUCCCUAUUAUCCGCUCGCGGGCCGGGUCAAGGCCAAGCCAGACUGCUCGAGGCUCGAAGUGCUGUGUCAGCCGCAAGGCGCGCUUUUCAUCGAGGCCGUGGCUGAGCACGUUGUGAUUGGCGACUUCGAGCGGCCCCCGAAGCACGUUAUGGAGUGGCAGGGUCUCUUGUCGCUCCAAGCGGCCGACGUGCUCAAGGAGGCUCCACCACUCGUUGUCCAGCUAACGUGGCUCGGGGAUGGCGCUGCGGCGCUAGCUGUUGGGAUCAAGCACUGCCUGUGCGACGGCAUCGGGAGUGCCGAGUUCCUCAACUCGUUUGCCGAGUUGGCCAAACUCGGAAGAGUCGCCCUCAAGCUCAGGCCCAAGGUUAAGACUGUUUGGGAUCGCCACCUCAUGGACCCGCCAAUGCCGCGGCGUCUUCCUUCUGGCGGCGUGCACAGCUCGGGAGGGCAAGCUCACCCCGAGUUCAAGCGAGUUCCGGACCUCUGCAGCUUCACAUCUCGCUUCACCAACGAAAGGCUCAUCCCGACCUCAAUCACCUUCAACCGAGCCUCUCUCGUAGAGCUCAAAAGACUUGCGUCAUCCACGGGUCGAAGCAGCGACUCAGCAUUCACGUCGUUCGAAGUGGUCACGGCUCAUAUAUGGAGAAGCUGGGCAAGAUCGCUAAACCUGCCUCCGAAUCAGACCCUAAAGCUCCUUUUCAGCGUGAAUGUUCGAAACCGAGUGAAGCCGAGCCUUCCAAGUGGGUACUACGGCAACGCGUUCGUUCUCGCAUGCGCGCAGGCCAGCUCCAAAGACGUCGCAGAGAAGGGUCUAGGGUUCGCGACGAUGCUGGUGAAGAAAGCGAAAGACAGGGUGGACGACGAGUACGUGAGGACGGUGGUGGAGACGGUGAGCGAGUCGAGGGCAUGUCCCGACUCAGUGGGGGUCCUCAUAGUGUCGCAGUGGUCGAGGCUCGGACUGGAUAGGGUUGACUUCGGGAUGGGGAGACCGGUCAACGUGGGCCCCGUCUGCUGCGACCGGUACUGCUUGCUCCUCCCGGUGCACGACAGGAGCGAUGCCGUGAAGGUGAUGGUGGCGCUUCCGGCGAGCGCCGCAGAGAGAUAUGAAUGCUUGGUCAAGAGUCCAUGCACGUGAACGCAUGGUCCAUUCUGGCCCGGCCCGUUGACUUUUCAAAGAUUAGGCUAAUACGAAUUUCUUUUCUCCAUAUCUUAUUUUUAACAUUGUCGGCUCAGAAAACAUCUCAGGCUUAAGCCUUUUUUAUGUGUUGGAUGUCUUGAUCCUCAAUUUCAGUAA